CCUUCCAAGUGCAACCCUAACAAGUCUCCUACUUAAAAAAAGAAAAAAAUAUAUCGUUUUGCUAAUUUACUUUUGUCAUUCUUAUUUUUGGGAUUGCUAAAUUCUCCUCCUCUAGGAGUACACUAGUACAGUACUUGGAUAUCCCAAAAACUUUUUUUUAUAUUUAUUUGUAGUUGGAUAUCCCAAAAACUAUUUUUUUAAUAUAUAUUUAUUUAAGGCAGGGGAGGGGAGGAGAAAAGGAAAAGAGGGAGAAGUAAUUAAGCAACAGUGAGGCCGGAGCUAUCUAUCUAUCCAUCUAUCUAUCAUCUACUAUCCUUCCUCUCUUUCCUCCUCCUCCUCGCGCAGCCGCGCUCAGAUCCAAAGCCGCGCGCGGGGGAGGGAGGGAGGAAUCGCGGUGCCAAGAAACGAAGCCCUAGCCCCCCCUAGAUGCGCGCCGCCGCUUGCUGCUGCUGCUGCUGCUAGGGUUCUUGUACGGAGAUGCGGGGCGUCGAGUCGGAUGGCGGCGGCGGCGCGCCUUUCUCCUCCUCCUCCUCCGCGGCCGCUCCAGAUAAUUUCGAUGCCGCGCAGUACUCCUUCUUCGGGAAGGAGCCACUGGAGGGGCUCGAGCUCAGUUGCUUGGAGGAUGGCGGCGGCGGCGGUGGUGAUGCCAAUGGCGGUGGAUUCAGUGGAGGAGCAGAAGAAGGGCUGUACCGGCUCUCCUCUGUUGGAGAAGAGAUUGAUAAUCUGAGUAACUUGUCCGAUAUUGAUGAUCUUGCGAGCACUUUUGCAAAGUUGAACCGAACCAUUAGUGGAACACGGAAUCCUGGUGUUAUUGGUGACAGACGAUCCAUCUCAAGAGGAAGUUCUCUAACUGUUGAUUGGGCUGAAGAUGUAGAAUUUCCUAACUGGGUAGAUCAAGACAUUUUAGAGGAUGAGGAAUUUCAGGAAAGUAAAAGAUGGUGGUCACAGUCACACACUCUGGUGCAGCAAGGGGAUGCCAAACCAUUGAGCCGAACAUCUUCCUAUCCUCAGCAACCACUGCAGCACCGGGCAAGUGAACCUAUCAUUCCACCAAAAUCUCCUUCAUUUACGUCCUUUCCACCGCCAGGUGGUAGAUCACCUUAUACUUCUCAAGGCCUUACACGCCAUGGGAGCAUUCCAUCACUUGGUGCUGGCCUGCAAAUGGGUUCUCCAAGCAUGUCCCUUCCAAGUUCUCCAUAUCAUAUAGCUGGACUAUCUCAUGGACUACCGUAUGGAGGGAGCAUGUCCUUCGGCACUUCAAAUCUGCCUGUAAACAAUCCAAUGCAAAAUGAUUGGCCAAGCCAAGCCAAUCUUUAUGCUGGGGAGCAAUUUAAUCUACUGCCGAACAUGUUACAGAAACAAAUAUCACUUCCAAAUAGCCCGAUGUCAUCACUGUUAUUUUCUCAACAGCAGCAGAGAUUGGCACAAGUUCAAGUCCAACCAUCCCAUCAGAAUUACCUAAAUUUACCACCUCACAUAUUUUACCAACAUCACUCCCCAGAAUUAACAGGAAGAUUUGAUUCUGUUAGCAGUGUUCCUUCAUCAAGAGACAAGAGAUCAAGGUCAGGAAGAGGAAAACACAACAUACGUUUUUCUCAACCAUUGCCUGAUACUGGUAAUCAAAAUGGUGAUAGUGGAGGAAUAAAAUUCAGAUCUAAGUACAUGUCAUCUGAAGAGAUCGAAUCUAUCUUAAGAAUGCAACAUUCAGCAAGUCACAGCAGUGAUCCUUAUGUGGUUGAUUAUUACCACCAAGCUUGCAUCGCGAAAAGGGGUGCCAAUUCUAGGCCAAAGGCCAAUUUUGCCCCAACGUCAAUGAAAGACUUGCCUUCCAAGUCCCGAUCCAGUGGUGACCAUCAUGCAUAUCUUCAGGUUGAUGCUGUAGGAAGAGUUUCCUUCUCUUCCAUACGUAGGCCUCGUUCUCUUCUUGAAGUUGACCUUCCUUCAUCAAGUGAUGGUUCUCAUGAUCAGAAGUCUUCUCUGAGACCAUUGGAGAAAGAACCAAUGCUGGCCGCUAGAGUCACUGUUGAAGAUGCCCUCUGCCUUCUUCUUGAGGUGGAUGAUAUUGACCGUCUGUUGCAGUCUAGUCAGGCACAGGAUAACAGUUUCCAACUGAGGCGAAGACGGCAGGUCCUCCUUGAAGGUUUAGCUGCAUCACUUCAGCUUGUUGACCCUCUCGGGCCGAGCACAUCAAGCCAUUCAUCUGGAUUGGCUGCUAAGGAUGAUCUUGUUUUUCUUCGCAUUGUUUCUCUUCCUAAAGGACGCAAGUUUUUGUCACGUUACCUUCGACUUCUUACCCCUGGAAGUGAGUUGACCCGUAUAGUAUGCAUGGCUAUUUUUCGACAUCUGAGGUACUUGUUCGGGGGUUUACCAUCAGAUUCUAGUGCAGCAGAAACAACAGUUACUCUUGCAAAGACUCUUUCAUCUUGUGUGCGCCAUAUGGAACUAGGUGCUCUUAGUGCUUGCCUUGCUGCUGUGGUCUGUUCACCUGAGCAGCCACCUCUGCGUCCUCUAGCUAGCUCUGCUGGUGAUGGGGCUUCUCUUAUUAUUAAAUCAGUACUGGAUCGAGCAACUGAGUUACUGACUGACCAGCAUGCCGCAGCCAGCUAUACAGUGUCAAACCGGACUCUCUGGCAGGCAUCAUUUGAUGCUUUCUUUGGACUUCUGACAAAAUACUGUCUCAGCAAGUAUGAAAGUAUUAGGCAGAUGUUUACCAUGCAGUCACCAGGCUCUGUAAUUGGAUCUGAGGUCUCCAAAGCAACCAGCAGGGAGAUGCCGGUUGAGUUGCUACGUGCAAGCCUCCCUCAUACAAAUGAUCAGCAACGCCAGCUGCUGCUUGAUUUUGCUCAGCGAACCAUGCCAGUGACUGGUUUUAAUGCCAGCGGUGCAAAUGGUGGGCACAUCACCUCCGAGUCUGUUCCUGGUUGAUUUAGCUCAAGAUGCCAAAAAGUGUAGAUUGUCAAUGCUUAAAGGACUUAAAUGUGCUUGUCUUUGGAUGAUAAUUCUUUUAUAUCUGGAGACAUGCAUAACCCCUUCAUAAGGUAAGGUUGUGUGAGCUUGGAGAAAGUUCCAUUUGCUCAGGAAAAAAUAGCCUUCAGAUUGUGACUUUAGGCUUCAGAUUAAUCUCAUAGACCAACAAUCUCCUUUCUGUGGGUCAUUUAUAUAGCACCCACCUGAUAUGCAUAUGUACAUGCACUGUUGUAACACUAUGCAGGGAUGAACUAGCCGUCUCGUUGGGGCGAAUUUUAGCUUUUAACAUAACAUUCAUAUGCUCCCAGUGAAGAAGACAUCCAAGACUAGUGGGUUUAGCAGCAGUGGUUGUACAGGCUCUGGUACUUUGAGGCCUUCCUGUCUGUCUUUUUACUAGUGUGGAAGGUUCCUAGCGUCAAGUGCGUAGUAGUCUGGUCUUAUCAUGUUUUAAUUAGGAUCAAAAGUGUGUUGGGGAUAAUGAAGUGGUGAUGUUUGUUAGGUUUCUGGAAAGAUAUUUAAAAUGUCAUGGAGAUGGCCAGUGUUUCCAGGUACCUACUGACACUAUAGUGAGGAUACUGGAAACUGGGGCUAUAUUAUCUCUUAUUUA